AAUACUAAGUAACCAACUAGUUUCUUUCAUGUCACUUUAGACUUUAUCAGAGUGUAGAUUAGACAGUGUUAUUCGUGUUAGUACAUCUGUUGGUGAAAUAUCAAUUGAAAGAAUGAAUUUUUUUAAAAUGCCUCUUAACUUGUUUGGUAACAAGUUUUCUCCAAAGAAGACUCCUCCAAGGAGAGCACAGUCUUUAUCUAACAUCAACUUAGAUGCAGACCAGGCCAGAGAAGAGUUUGGACCAAAUAUUGGACCUGUGAAAUUAAGACUAGGGGGCAAUGAGGUUAAUUUUGAAAAUGGAAUGUGGAUUCAAGAAACUGGAGGUGGUGGUGGGGCCAGUCAUAAAGAAGUCAUGAAACUAAGAAAAGAAAAUCAACAAGUAUCAGAAGAAAACAACCUACUCAAACUGAAAAUUGAUAUAUUGUUGGAUAUGCUGGCAGAAGCUUCAGCAGUGUCACAUUAUCAUGAAACUGAACUUAAACAAAUGAGAGCACAGGUUGGAAAGAAACGGUGAUGAAAAUGUGAUAUUUAUAGAAGACAUUUUUGGCAGAGAAAUACACACUUCUAGCAUUGUAGGACCAUUAAUUGAAUAGUUUGACGAAGAAACAUUUUGUUAUUACAUAGAGCAUUAUGAUAUGGCAAAUCUCAAGUAUAUGAUUUCCUUAACUUCAAUUUUUAGGUUUUCCCUUUAAAUAUAUCUUAAAUCCACUACUCAAGGCUCAUAAAUUAAUCUUUUACACAUUUAAAUUACCAUAGUCAAUUACAGUAAAAGUUUACACAGUAUUAUUUCAUAUUAAGAAAUUGAAGUCAUGCUUGAAUUUUGAAUCUCAGUCGCUUAAAAUUAACUUACACCCUUUAAAGUUACUAUAAAAAAAAAUAUGUUUUUGUAGUAAGGAACAUACAUACAUUUUAUUUCCUACUUCAUUUUGUGCUAGUUUCUUUGAACAUUUGAAGUGCAUUUGUAUAUAUAUAAUGAAAUAACAAGUAAGUCCGUCCAUCACCAUAUGGUUAUCCCAAUUGCAAUUUUUCUUUUCAUUUUUAAGAAGAUGUACAUAUUGUUUAUUUUAUAACUGUGAUAUUUUAUUAUGUAUUGUAAACUCUGUUUAAAUCAUAUGGAAAACUCUAAUUAAUUAAUUUUCUCAUUUAAACACCUCACUUAAGAAACCAUUGAUGUGAGGUAUCUGAUUUUAAAGAUCAGCUCAAGUAGACUGUUUUCUUGGAGGAUCAGUCACAUGGUUUGGGGAACAAGUUCUAGUAUGUCUGAUUAUUUAGCUUGACACAACAGAUAAAACAAAACAAUUCAUUUCAAUAAAUUGUACCAUUUCUUUUUUUAAAAAGAUGUCACUAUUACAUGAUCAUUGUAUUUGUUGCUAGACAGACAUUAUUUUGUAUUUUAUUCAAUGUUUAUUGGGAAAGGUUUUAUUAAACCAAUGCAACACUAUGUCAAAUGUUAAAUGAAUAAAACAAGAGUUACUGCAUGUAUAUUUAUUUA